AGCUACUGCUCAGGCACCUUCCUCAGCUCAGCUCUCUUCGGUACCUGGACCCAAAGGAGGACCGCUCAACGUGAUGCUUCUCUCCCAAACACUCUGCCUGUGCUUGGCACUAGCACUCAGCCAUGCUGCUCCAACGCUCCAUGAUGUAAUGAUGGCAGACCAUGACCACGACCACCACAAGGAUCAGGCCCACCCCAAAGCCAACCCAGACCGGUGUGACGGCAUCGAGUUUGACGCCAUCACCCCCGACGAGAAAGGACACACCUUCUUCUUCAAGGGGGAUCACCUGUGGAACGGCUUCACUGGUCCAGCUCAGGUCUCCAGUGCCUUCUUCAAGGAGCUAGAUCACCUGGGGCAUGUUGACGCUGCCUUCCGCAUGCACAACAAUGAAAAACCUAAAGACCACGAUCACAUCUACCUUUUCCUGGACGACAAGGUUUUCAGCUACUAUAACCACAGUCUAGAGGAGGGCUACCCCAAGGACAUCCAGCUGGACUUCCCAGGGGUGCCCAGCCACUUGGACGCUGCGGUGGAGUGCCCCAAGGGAGAGUGUAACUCAGACUCUGUCCUAUUCUUCAAGGGAGAAGAAGUGUACAACUAUGACAUCGCCACACAAUCAGUAAAGGAGAGACAGUGGGCCCACCUGCCCAACUGUACAUCUGCCUUCCGUUGGCUAGAGCAAUACUACUGUUUCCAUGGUCACAACUUCACCCGGUUCCACCCUGUAUCUGGGGAGGUGAAUAGAGUGUACCCUAAGGACGCCAGGCACUACUUCAUGAGGUGCCCCAAUUUCGGCCAUGGCGGUGAGGAAAAGGUUCCCAAAUGCAGUGAAGUGACUCUGGAUGCCAUCACCUCAGACGACUCAGGCAAAACCUAUGCCUUCACUGGUCCUAUUUAUAUGCGUUUAGACACCCAUCGUGAUGGUAAACACACUUUCCCCAUUGCCAGAACCUGGAAGGAAGUGGUCAACGGCGUGGACGCAGUCUUCUCCUACAGUGACAAGAUCUACAUCAUCAAGGGCGACCAAGUUUACAUCUACAAAUCAGCAGCUCCCUCCACUCUGAUUGAGGGCUACCCUAAAAGCCUGAAAGAGGAGCUGGGCAUCGAAGGGCCUGUGAACGCAGCCUUUGUUUGUGCAGAUCACCAUAUUGUGCACAUUAUUCAAGGACAGAAGAUGCAGGACAUUGACCUGUCUGCCACCCCUAGGGCAGUAGUCAGAGAGGCCCCACUGCCCAUCUCCGGCAUCGAGGCAGGAAUGUGUGGCCCUGAUGGCGUCAAAGUGUAUGUGGGCUCUGAGUACUACCACUACGAGACCCCCAGGCUCCUGGCUUUCAGCAAGAUGCUCCCAGAGCCUAAAAAAAUCACCCCAGACAUGAUGGGCUGUGUGGAAUAGGAGUCAGUUUAUGUUAGAUACCUUUUCGAAGAAUAACAACUGUGAUCAUCUGUACUCAAUGGACAACAUGGUGUCUUAUUAGAACAUUUGCCAAACUUGCUGUCAAAACAUAUAAUCACAUGUUAAAGUAACUGUCCAGUAAAAGUUUCUGUUAACUCAUACCCAAA